AUGGCCCCAAACGCGAUCGCUCUAGCCAUGCAACAGAACCUCGAUGCCGAAGCCGAGGCCGAUCGUUUCUUGCAAGAGCAGGACGAACGGGAUGAACGAAGUCAUGGAACGAUUGAAGGAGGAGGAGGGGGAGGACCCAACUCUGCAGGAGGAGGAGGGACCGGCGGCGCAGGAGGGGAGGGUUUGAAGCUGAGCUCCAAACCGCUUGAGACGAGGUUGGUGAUGCAGAACAGUGGGGAGAAUGACGGCGAUGACGACGAGGCGUUUCGGAGAGAGUUGGACGAGUUGGAGAGGGAAGAGAGCAUGAUGCCUUCGAGUGCGGUCGCGACACCGGCGGUCAGUACGAGGUUCAGCGAGGAGAUCUUUUGCAGUACACACAACUAACAAGUUGGGACGGGUUCAUAGGUACGACGGAUGCAUCCGGCACCUGUCAUCGCCGUCUGGAUCUUCUUGUCGUCGUCCGUCAUCCUCUUCAAUGCUCGGAUCCUGGGUCGGUCCCCUCUCUGCGGUCCAGCGCGCUUGUAGGACAUUCUACCAUGGAUUCUGAACGUAGUUUUACCACCUCACAGGCAAGAAGGAAGGUGACUUUAACUUCCCUUACCCCAUCUUCCUGACGACCGUGCACCUCCUCUACGCGACGAUCGGCACCCGAGUCCUCGCUCGCUUCACCCAUCUCUUGGACGGUCUGCAAAACAUCAACAUGACCUGGGACCAAUACACGCGCAACAUACUCCCCAUCGGAGCCUUGUUCUCGGCCUCGCUCAUCUUUUCCAACCUCGCGUACCUCACCCUCUCGGUGUCGUUCAUUCAGAUGCUCAAGGCCUUUACUGCUGUCGCGGUCUUGACGAUGAGCGUGAUGAUGGGCCUUGAGCAGUUCAACAGGAGAACGACCAUCGUCGUGUGCUUCAUCUCGAUGGGUGUCUUUAUUGCGAGUUACCACGAGGCCAAUUUGUGAGUGUAUCGCCGGGUUUUGGAGGUCGUCGUGCGUAAAACGCGCACUGACCGACGAACAUCUCUCUGUUUCAGCGUAUUCGCCGGUUUCAUCUUCCAAUCCUUGGGCAUCUUGUUCGAAGCGACACGACUAGUGUAAGUCAUCCACUUUCUAUUAACCUAAACGGGAAACCACUUCGAACCUCACUUCGAUGCUCGUUAACGCCCCACAGAGCGAUCCAAAAACUUCUCCAAGGCUUGCGGAUGGACCCGCUCGUCUCGCUGUACUACUUCGCACCCAUAUGCGCGGGGUUGAACCUUCUUCUCGUGCCUAUAUUCGAGGGGUAUCGGCCGUUUGAACUCAUUCUCGAACGGGUGGGAGGGUGAGUUACGAUGUAGACCACUCGAGUUGAGAUGAUCUUGAUGAGAAGCUGACAUGUGGUUUUGCGUGUUCAUCUUGCAGUUUCACCUUGUUCAUCAACUGCAACUUUGCAUUGCUGCUCAACAUCUCGGUCGUAUACCUCAUUGGGUGCGCGAGCUCGUUGGUGCUCACGCUUUCGGGUCAGUCUUCUUUCUUCGAGCUGGAUAUGGGUGGGACAUGUGUAUUGAUGACUGUGGUCUGUUACGUUUCGUCAAACCCACUCCAGGCGUAUUGAAGGACGUCCUUCUCGUCACCGGCUCCGUGGUGCUCUACGGAUCGCCCAUCUCGUUUGCCCAGGUAUGAACACAGGAUCCGUGUCGCCCGACCCAAGAAUUCAACUUGUGUACUGCUAAAACCUCUUCUGUCCAUGUAGAUGCUCGGAUACUCGAUCGCCCUCGGUGGUUUAGUCGUGUUCAAGACGCCGCCGGAAGUGAUGGCGGGGUAUAUUGCGAGGGUCAAAGCGAUUGUCGGGCGGUAG